UGAGAAAGGAGGAAGAUGACCGUGGAGAAGCGGGUGAGCGGGGCCGGCGGCGGCGGCGGCGGGGACCAGUUCCCGGUCGGCAUGCGCGUGCUCGCCGUCGACGACGACCCAACCUGCCUCAAGGUGCUCGAGAACCUCCUACGACGCUGCCAGUAUCACGUGACAACUACUGGGCAGGCAGCCACGGCUCUCAAGAUGCUCAGGGAGAACAAGGACCAGUUCGACCUGGUCAUCAGCGAUGUGCACAUGCCGGACAUGGAUGGCUUCAAGCUCCUCGAGCUCGUUGGACUCGAGAUGGACCUCCCAGUCAUCAUGUUGUCUGCAAAUGGGGAGACACAGACAGUCAUGAAGGGCAUAACCCAUGGAGCAUGUGACUACCUGCUGAAGCCGGUGCGUCUUGAGCAGCUGAAGACGAUAUGGCAACAUGUGAUUAGGCGGAAUACCAAGCCCCGUGGGAGUGACAAUGAUGAUGCUGGUCAGAAGGCGCAGAAUGGUGAAGGUGAGAAUGGGGGUGCUAACCGCAACAAGAGGCAGUCGCGGAGGGAUAGAGAUGAGAAUGGAGAUGAUGGUGAUGAUUCUGAUGAUAACAGCAAUGAGAAUGGGGACUCGUCGUCCCAGAAGAAGCCAAGGGUUGUGUGGUCUGUGGAGCUGCACCGCAAGUUUGUUGCUGCUGUCAAUCAGCUUGGCAUCGACAAGGCUGUUCCAAAGAAGAUACUGGAUCUCAUGAACGUAGAGAACAUCACCAGGGAGAAUGUUGCUAGUCACCUGCAGAAGUAUCGUCUGUACCUGAAAAGGAUGAGUAUGGACGCGAGCAGACAAGCUAACUUAGUUGCUGCACUUGGAGGAAGAAACCCUGCUUACAGCAAUAUGAAUUCACUGGAUGUCUUCAGGCACUAUAACAAUGCAUAUGGGAGAUACAGGCCAGUCCCAACCAGCACCCAUUCUCAGUCAAAUAACUUCCUUGCAAGGAUGAACACCCCUUCUGCAUACGGAAUGCAUGGUUUGCUGUCUUCACAGCCACUCCAGCUUAGUCAUGCCCAAAAUACUAUGGGUACUUCCCUGAACGAUUUAGGGGUCAAUAAUGGUAAUCUGAUCAGGGCUCCACACAUGUCAACAAUGGUGACUGGUACUUCUGGUAAUUCGUUUGCAAACAUAUCAAAUGGUGUAUCACUGGCUCCUGCAAAUAGGUCAGUUCAGCCUCUUGAAUCAAGCAACCGACAACACCUAGGUCGGAUAAAUUCAUCUUCAACAGACUCAUUUAGCUCAUUCGCUGGCGAGUCUCCCCACUUUCCAGAUCUUGGAAGAAGUAGUAACACCUGGCAAUCUGCAGUUCCAUCCAACAUUCAGGAACUUGGUCAGAAUGGCAGCAUGUCCCAAGCAACCUUGCAAGUGAAUGGCCACAGGAUGGAACCUGUCUCAAGCUUUACAACGUCAUCAAAUCAGAUUACGUCUCUGGGAAAUGAGAUGCAGAGCCAAGCAGCAUCACUUGCUAGCAGUACACUUCCGAUGGUAUUCAAUCAGGAUGCAGCGCCAUUCACCUUUACAAGCAGCACAAACUCAAGAGAAGCGCUGAAUAGCAACCUUGCCUUUAGCAAUUCAGGCAUCAACAAUUCAUUGCCAAACCUCCGCAUAGACAGUUCGGCUGUACCAAGGCAGGCUCUGGAUGGUGGGAAUGCAGGCGGCGGUGCCUCUCUGCAAGAUGGCAGGAUUGACCAGCAUACCACCGGUAAUCAGCUCAAUUACACCAAUGAUCUGAUGGGAACAAGUAGGCUGCAAAGGGGGCUCAGUGGCAGCUUGGAUGACAUUGUUGUUGACAUGUUUAGGCCGGAUAAUGAUAACGGUGGUCUUUUCAUCGAUGGGGACUGGCAGCUGGUCUAGCUGCUCCCUGUUCACCAAGUACAUGCAUGAGAUUUUCCGGGCUUCGUGGUGUCUGCUGCUGAUUUGUCCAUCAUGCAAUUGCCUGCUCAAAGUUGUUCAUAGUAGCAAGCCUUCACCACAAAUGCCUUUUGCAUUUGGCUUUUUCAGUUUAGCGUUCAGGUUCCUUGGUUAGUCGUCGUCCAGCAUGCAGAGUUAUGUCUCAGUAACAACUAUGUGCUGUUUGGGUCCGUAACUGGUAUAACUAUGUUAAUUCAGGUAUAACCUGCUAUCGUAAGAUAUAGUAUGCUUGGUAUGCAAUUC